AGCUGAAGCAGAGCGGCUUUCCGGGAAAAUAAGAGCCGGUUAGUUGUGAAAAGUCGACUUGCAAGAUUCACCGCUUGGUCUUCAGACGGACUGCAGGGCUGUUAUCAAGGCUGGCUCCUCACAAGAUGGCCCCGACUAACAUCAUUAAAUACUCUUCAGAAGCGGGAUGCAGCUGCCCAUUGGAGUCCGAGCUGCGAGCAGUGCUGCAGCAAAGGAUUAUGGUCCUGGAUGGUGGUAUGGGAACAAUGAUCCAGCAGCAUAAACUUGAAGAGGAAGAUUUCAGGGGAGAAGAGUUUAAAGAGCACCCUCUUCCACUGAAGGGCAACAACGACCUUCUCACCAUCACACAGCCUGAUAUCAUUUACAAAAUACACAAGGACUACCUGCUGGCUGGUGCUGACAUCAUAGAGACCAACACCUUCAGCAGCACCUCUGUCGCCCAGGCAGACUAUGGGCUGGAACACAUGGCUUAUCGUCUCAACAGGGUGUCAGCGGAGCUGGCGAGAAGGGCAGCCAAUGAUGUUACCAAACAAACUGGUUGUAAACGCUAUGUGGCUGGGGCAGUGGGUCCCACCAAUAAAACCCUGUCUGUAUCUCCGUCUGUGGAGAGACCUGACUACAGGAACAUCACAUUUGAUGAGCUUGUAGAAGCCUACUCAGAGCAGGUCAGAGGUUUAUUAGAUGGAGGAGCAGACAUCCUUCUGGUUGAAACCAUCUUUGAUACGGCCAAUGCUAAGGCCGCCUUGUUUGCCAUUGACCUGCUGUUUGAAAAGAGCUACGAAAGAAAACCUAUAUUUAUCUCAGGGACAAUUGUUGACCGGAGUGGACGUACUCUGUCUGGUCAGACAGGAGAAGCCUUUGUAGUGAGUGUAGCUCAUGCUAACCCUCUAUGCAUAGGUCUUAACUGUGCCUUGGGGGCGACAGAGAUGAGACCGUUCAUUGAGGCCAUAGGAAAAAGCACCACAGCUUUCAUUAUCUGUUAUCCCAAUGCAGGUCUUCCCAACACAUUUGGAGGGUACGACGAAACCCCAGAAGUAACGGCGUCUAAUUUAAAGGAGUUUGCUGUGGAUGGACUGGUGAAUAUUGUGGGAGGCUGUUGUGGGACCACUCCAGGACACAUCAGGGCCAUAUCUGAAGCAGUCAAACACUGUCAGCCAAGAGUUCCUGCUGCUGAUAUUUAUCAGGACUACAUGCUGCUGUCAGGUUUAGAGCCAUUCAGGAUCGGUCCUUACACCAACUUUGUUAACAUUGGUGAGCGCUGCAACGUGGCUGGGUCACGCAGGUUUGCCAAGCUGAUCAUGACAGGAAACUAUGAGGAGGCUCUUAGCAUUGCUAAGGCCCAGGUGGAGAUGGGAGCCCAGGUCCUGGAUAUUAACAUGGAUGAGGGGAUGCUGGAGGGGCCAACAGCUAUGGCCCGAUUUUGUAACUACAUUGCUUCUGAGCCAGACAUUGCACGGGUUCCUCUGUGUAUUGACUCCUCUAACUUCUCAGUGAUCGAGGCUGGGUUGAAAUGCUGUCAGGGGAAGUGUAUAGUCAACAGUAUCAGCCUGAAGGAAGGAGAGGAGGAGUUCCUGCACAGAGCUGCCACUGUGAAGCGCUACGGAGCUGCUGUAGUGGUCAUGGCCUUUGAUGAGGAGGGACAGGCCACAGAUACAGACCGUAAAGUGGAGAUCUGCACCCGGGCCUACAAGCUGCUAGUCAACAAAGUGGGGUUUAACCCCAACGACAUCAUCUUUGACCCCAACAUCCUCACCAUUGGUACAGGCAUGGAGGAACACAAUGACUACGCCAUCUACUUUAUCAGAGCCACCAAAGUUAUCAAGGAGACAUUACCAAGAGCCAGGGUGAGUGGCGGUCUGUCCAACCUGUCCUUCUCCUUCAGAGGAAUGGAGGCCAUCAGAGAAGCCAUGCAUGGAGCAUUUCUGUACCAUGCUAUCAAGGAUGGUAUGGAUAUGGGGAUAGUGAAUGCGGGGAACCUGCCAGUCUAUGAUGACAUUGAUAAAGAGCUGCUGUUACUGUGUGAAAACCUCAUUUGGAACAGAGACGCUGAUGCAACUGAGAAACUUCUGGCCUAUGCACAGAACAACGCGAAAGGAGCGAAGAAGGUGGUUCAGACAGAUGAAUGGAGAGAAGGAGGUGUGGAGGAAAGAUUGGAGUACGCUCUCAUCAAGGGAAUAGACAAGUAUGUGGUGGAGGAUGUGGAGGAGUGUCAGGCUCUCGUUGACCGCUACCCUCGACCCCUUCACAUCAUCGAGGGCCCCCUGAUGAACGGCAUGAAGGUGGUGGGAGAUCUCUUUGGAGCUGGGAAGAUGUUCCUUCCACAGGUGAUAAAGUCGGCUCGUGUUAUGAAGAAGGCGGUGGGCUAUCUGAUUCCUUUCAUGGAGAAGGAGAGGGAGGAGAUGAUGGCAUUGUCGGGCUCAACUGAGGAAACGGAUCCCUAUCAGGGCACCAUAGUUCUGGCUACAGUAAAGGGAGAUGUGCAUGAUAUUGGCAAGAAUAUCGUAGGUGUGGUGCUGGGUUGCAACAACUUCAGAGUGAUCGACAUGGGUGUGAUGGUUCCCUGUGAUCAGAUCCUCAGAGAGGCCAUACAACAAAAAGCAGAUAUCAUUGGUUUGUCUGGUCUCAUCACCCCCUCUCUUGAUGAGAUGAUCCAUGUGGCCAAAGAGAUGGAGAGACUGGGAAUGACAACACCACUGCUGAUUGGAGGAGCCACCACAUCAAAGACACAUACAGCAGUGAAGAUUGCCCCUCGCUACAGCUCUCCUGUUGUCCAUGUUCUGGAUGCCUCCAGGAGUGUGGUGGUGUGCUCGCAGCUCCUGGAUGAGGCCAUGAGGGAGGAGUACUUUGAUGACCUGAAAGAGGAGUAUGAGGAUAUCAGGCAGGAGCACUAUGACUCCCUGAAGGAUCGUCAGUAUCUAUCUCUUUCCCAGGCCAGAGCGAAGGCUUUACAUGUAGACUGGCUCUCUCUGCCCACACCAGUGCGUCCUCAGAUCCUGGGCACCCAUGUGUUUGAGUGGUACGACCUGAACAGUCUGCUGGACUUCAUUGACUGGAAGCCUUUCUUUGAUGUGUGGCAGCUGAGAGGGAAAUACCCCAACAGAGGUUACCCCAAGAUCUUCAAUGACAAGACUGUUGGUUCGGAGGCUCGGCGAGUCUUCGAUGAUGCCCAGCGGCUGCUCCAUCAGAUGAUUGACAGCCAUAGUCUGCAGGGGCGGGGCCUGGUGGGGUUCUGGCGUGCCCAGAGUGAUGGUGAUGACAUUAAUUUAUACAACCAUGAUGUCACAGUACGCAGUGACACCAAGCCCAUCGGCACAUUCCAUGGCUUACGGCAACAGGUGGAGAAGGACAGCUCUAGUUCAGAGCCCUACCUGUGUUUGUCAGACUUUGUGGCCCCUAUAGACAGCGGUGUGACAGACUACAUCGGUGUGUUUGCUGUGGGUGUAUUUGGAGCUGAGGAGCUGAGUCAGCAGUUCCAGGCUCAGGGAGACGACUACAACAGCAUCAUGGUCAAAGCCCUGGCUGACCGACUGGCUGAGGCCUUUGCUGAGGAGCUCCAUGCUCGUGUGCGUAAGGAGCUGUGGGGUUACAGUAGGGAGGAGGCACUGCAGGCCUCAGACCUCCACAAAAUUCGAUACCAGGGGAUCAGACCUGCAGCCGGCUACCCCAGCCAGCCUGACCACACGGAGAAGACCACAAUGUGGAGCCUGGCUGGGAUCCAGGAGAAGACUGGUAUCUGUCUGACAGAGUCCCUGGCCAUGACGCCUGCUGCCUCAGUGUCUGGACUUUACUUCUCCAACCCUCAGGCCUCUUACUUCGCUGUGGGAAAGAUCACCAAGGAGCAGGUGGAGGAAUAUGCCAGGAGGAAAGAGUUGUGUGUGGAGGAGGUGGAGAGAUGGCUGGCUCCGGUACUGGGUUAUGACAGUGAGGCGUAGAGUGUGAUCACUCAGAGGGAUCAGAGCAGGGCACAGCGCACACACAGUCAGGUUUACAGUCCAACCAUUCCACUGUAGCUCUCAGAGGUUCUCACUGUGGCUGCUUACAAAGGGAUUCACUGACAUCCCAUAUUAUACUUGUGAAAACACACUAAGUCUUAUCAUUUUACUUAAUAUUUUUUACAGUACAUUUCAGAACGGUUAAACUAGGUUUUUUAGGCCCUCUGUCUCUGCAGGUUUUGUGUAUUCUGUGAAACACUACGCAUACACAUACAUUGUAUGUAAUGAUACAAUCAUCAUUCCUUGAUCAUUCUAUCAAGUCUCCAAAUGGAGAGAAGUAAUCUGUUGCUGCUACAUAACAGUCAUGUGUGUCUUAAGUAGUGCUGUACAAUCAAGCUUAAAUGAUCAUCACUAUUUUUGCUUUAUGUUGAGAUCAUUAUUAUUUUAGCAGUGGUUGCUGGGCAGGGUUUCUGUCAAAGCCAAUCAAUACUUUAAAUGGGCAUUUUAAAUAUUUUUGAAUCUGAGUCCUCGUAUUAUAUAAUUGUAAAAUACUUGAGUACUUGCAAAAAAAAUAUAAUUAAUAAUUGCAAGAAUAGAAUGUAAAUUGGCCAACAACAGAAAACAAGUGCAAAUUGAAAUCAAUUAAUUGAGUAACCAGGCUUUAGUUACCCUAUAAAACCAUAAAUUCAAAGUUAAUGUGAGAAAAAUCAGCAAACUUUCUGUUGCUGCUAUUACACAGGUUAGCAGCGGCACUGAAGGACCAGAGGGUCCAGAAGUGCUCUCCUCCCAGUCACCUCAGCGUCUGCCUGGUUAGCUCAAGCUAACACAACAGCAGUGGCUACCAUCCCGACAGGGACACUGAAAUGGCUCACAUCUGUCAUUAUAACCAUUAGGUAAUGUUAGCAGUGUGAUGCUAACAGUGCGUGUGCGUAUGUGUGUGUGUGUGUGUGUGUGUGUGUGUGUGUGUGUGUGUGUGUGCGCGCGUGCGCGCGCAGGUGGACUCUCACUAGCUGUGCCUGCAUGGAGCUCACACUCCUGCAGCAGUAGUCUCCUAGUGUCUCAUAAGUAGGAGGUGAGGAGGCGCUGAGCAAAGCAGUGCACACGGCUCUACAGUGUAAUAAGAUAUGAAGUAAUUUUAAUUACAGCAGCAAGUAAACUAUAUGUUAAAUAAAUACAAAAUUGAGUAGUUAAGUGAGUAAUUAAAUGCCCAUCCCUAAAUACCUGUGCCAACAUGAUUACUCACUGUCAGUGGUACUUUAAAUUGUUCUUGCUUUUUUUUUUUUUUUUUUUUCAAUUUACUAAAAUGAGAGAGGAAUAACUCAGUAUUUUGGAAAAUGUGCUGGGGGUUUUUCUGAAAGAAAAAUAAGAAGGCUAACUAUUUUCCCCUGUUUCCAGUCUUUAUGCUAAGCUAAGCUAACCAUGUGCAGACUCAAGCUCUAUAAUAAACACACAGACAUGAGACUGAUAUCAAUAUUUCCAUCUUACUCUAGCAAAGGAGGUGAAUAAGUGUAUUUCCCCAAAUGUUGAACUAUUCUUUUAGUGCAAACAGCUUAGGAAGACAUUAACUUAAGGGGGAAAAAAAGGUAAUAAUUAAAAUUCAGGAAAUUACUGAUCAAAGAAUCAGUAAAACAGACAAAAAAUCUGUUCUUACUUUAAGUGCCAACUGCCAAUACAUGACAGUUUUCAACUACAGUUCUAUACUUGGUGGCACAGACCAAUUCAGUAAACAGCCCAAUGUAUAAUGAAAAUUCAUAAUGUUAUAAUCUUUAAUUUAAACCAAAGUGGAUAUGUAAAAGCAGAUUCAUUUUAUUACACCAGUACAUUUAACCUGAGACAAAUGUUGUUUACAAGUUUUAGAUUUGUAUAUGGAAGUGAAAGUUUAGGUGUUUGCAUCCAGAUUGUAUUUAUUUCAGGUUUUUUUGUUUUGUUUUGUUUUGUUUUUUUGUUUUUUUUUCCCCCUUCAGAUUUUUAAUUAUUUUAUUGUUCCUUGUUUAAAAGUUUUAAUAUCAUCAACAUUUGCAUGGAGGCUGGAGUGAACUAUUUUAAUGGUUACACAUUCAGGGGUUUAGAGUAAUAAAGUUUUAUUUAAUGGUACAAUUAGUGUGGCUGAAAAGUGAAGCCAAUGCACAAUUGCCUUAAAACUGUAUUCUAUCUAAUGGCCAGCAGGGGGCAACUCCGCUUGUUGUUAAAUUAAGUCUGGUUGUAUUUAGAUUUAUGAGAAAAUGACCCUGCUUUUGACUUUAUUUAUUACCUCCGUAAACAUUUCCCUAAUGAGGUUAUGGUAUAAAUCACGAGCUCAAGUUUUAAGCGUGUGGCUAUCUUGUGAUUGACAAGUUGCUACCAUGGCAACGUCCACAAAUUCUCUGUCAGAUUCCCCCCUCGCUCUUCCACAGCUCCACCCAUUCAUACAAAUAUGGUCAGUUCUGCUUUAGAAAAUCCAAGAUUGCAGUGGCCUAAAUGCCAGACUCAAGGCUUCAAAACAGUAGUCCGCAAAUCGAUGGAUGACGUCACGAUGGCUACGUCCACAUCUUUUAUACAGUCCGUGCUUUUCACACAGCCAGGUACGACCACUUCUCCAUCAGCAUUUUACCAGGUAUUAUCAGAGGCAUAUCCUAUGUGUACAACAUAUCUACUCAUUCCAUGAUCCUGAAAAAAUCUCCACAUGAGACAAAGUGCCUGGUUGAAAUUUAAAUCAGGUUUCCAUAAGAUGCUGGCUGAAUGCAUUUCACACGUGUCUUAAAAGCCCUGAUGUGCUGCAGUGGCUGAUCUCAGUUUAUCAGUUUUAUUUUCUUGUAUUGCAGGCUCUGGAUAAAUUAUGGUGGCAUUGCAAACACUGUAAAAUG